AUGAUAAGAAGUCAUAAGAUACGGUCCAUUCCUCCUUUAUUUGGUGUGGGCUACGCCACACCUCACCACGCCACACCACACAACGCCACACCACGCCACGCCACGCCACACCACACCACGCCACACCACACCACGCCACGCCACACCACACCACACCACACCACACCAUGCCACACCACGCCACACCACGCCACACCACACCACGCCACACCACGCCACACCACGCCACGCCACACCACGCCACACCACGCCACACCACGCCACACCACGCCACACCACGCCACGCCACACCACGCCACACCACACCACACCACGCCACACCACACCACACCACACCACGCCACAGCACUCUAUAGCACGCCACGCCACACCACACCACACAACGCCACACCACACAACGCCACACCACGCCACGCCACACCACACCACGCCACACUACACCACGCCACGCCACGCCACACCACGCCACACCACGCCACACCACGCCACACCACGCCACACCACGCCACACCACACCACACCACGCCACACCACACCACGCCACAGCACGCUAAAGCACGCCACGCCACACCACACCAGACAACGACGUGCCACACCACACCACGCCACAGCACACCAUGCCACAACACACCACACCAUGCCACACCACGCCACAGCACGCUAAAGCACGCCACGCCACACCACACCAGACAACGACACGCCACACCACACCACGCCACAGCACACCAUGCCACAACACACCACACCAUGCCACACCACGCCACACCACGCCACGCCACACCACACCACACCACGCCACGCCACAGCACGCUAUAG